CGGCGGCGGGACGGGAGGCGGGAGGGGACAUUUCCCGCUCGCAGGCGGUCACGUGUCCUCCCGCAUGGCCGGGGAGCGGGCGGCCGGCAGCGCGCAGGAGGGCUCUGGCGGGAACGCGCUUCCCACCAACCGCUUCAUCUGCUCCUUCCCCGACUGCGACGCCACGUUCAACAAGGCCUGGCGGCUGGACGUGCACCUCUGCCGGCACACGGGCCAGAGGCCCUAUGUCUGCGGUUACGAUGGCUGCGGUAAGAGUUUCAUCAGAGAGUUCCACCGGGCCCGACACCUUCUCACGCACACUGGGGAGAAGCCGGUCAAGUGCACAGCUGAUGGAUGCAAUCAGAGAUUUGUAACACAGGCAAACUUAAAGAAGCACAUUAAGCGCAAGCAUGAAAAUCGGCAAAAGCAAUAUGUGUGCGACUUUGAAGGCUGUAACAAGUCUUUCAGGAAACAUCAACAACUAAAAGUUCAUCUGUGUCACCACACCAAUGAACCUCCUUUCAAAUGUAGUAAUGAAGGAUGUGGAAAGUACUUUGCUACUCCAAGUCGACUAAAGCGGCACGAGAAGAUACAUGAAGGCUAUGCAUGCAAGAAGGAAAACUGCUCAUAUACUGCAAAAACUUGGACAGAGCUUCUGAAACAUAAUAAAGAAAGUCAUACAGAGCCGAUAGUUUGCAGUACGUGUUACAAAACUUUUAAACGGAAAGAUUACCUCAAGCAGCAUCAAAAAACACACGCUGUAGAGAGGGAAGUCUAUGGAUGCCCGAGAGAAGGAUGUGGGAGAACUUACACAACUGUAUUUAACCUUCAAAGCCAUAUCCUCUCUUUUCACGAGGAGAAAAAAACAUUCUCUUGUGAUUAUCCAGGCUGUGGAAGAGUGUUUGCAAUGAAGCAGAGCCUAGCAAGGCACACAGUUGUACAUGACCCUGAAAAAAGGAAGCUGAACUUGAAAGCAAAGCGUUCUCGUCCUAAGAGGAGCUUAGCCUCUCGUCUGAGCGGCUACAUUCCUCCUAAAACACAGCCAGGAAAGGAUGCGGUUGUGACAGAAACCAAGACAAUGGAUAAGCCCAUGGAAAAUGAAAUACCAACUGUUGAAAUCCUGACUCUGCAGUAAAGGCUCACUGAGACAACAUUCUUCAUGGAAUGACCAGUGCAAAGUUCAACAAUAACUUUAUUUUUGUAGGAUUUUUUUUAAAUUCGUAUUUUUUUACACCUCUUUGUAAAGUCACUGAUGGUCACUGAUGAAAUUCACUUGACUUCAGAUCUUCAUUUUCAUCUUUUUUUGCUUCACUGUUUUUCUGUUCUGCAAUCUUCUGGUAUGCUUUCAACUCUUUGUCAGACAUGUGUCUCAAAAUACAGGUACUCGCCCCUUCUCUAGCAACUCUUGGCUUAGAAAGAUAAGUGGCUUUCUCAGCCACAGUCUCCAAAAUCUGGUCAAAAAUCAUGAACUAAAAAGAAGGAGAAAAACAGGACUAAAUGCACAAACACAGAUAGAAAAAUAUUUCAGGGUGUUCUGUAAUGACACUGUCUCCUGCUUGUGGUUUAGCUAUGUUAGGGAACAGACUGCCAUAGCUUAUUGAAUUAUUUGGUAUACUGCUUCUUAUAGAACUUUUUUAGAAACUGCUUAUAUAGAAUUUCCUUAGCAUAAGUAAGUUUGCUUAGCAUAACUUUUGUAAGCUGUGAACCUCUGUACUUUCUGCUUCCUUAAGUAAAACAAGCCACAUAGUCUUCAAGCUAGACAGGGGAGCUGCAUCCCUGGAGAUAAGGAACAGAAUGGCAUCUAACAGAAGAACAUUUUUGCUGUUACCAAGAACCUAUUUUCUCCAGCUGUGGGUGCAAAAUAGCAACUGAACGUCAGAACUUUGACUGACAUCCCACCUGAUGAAAAUGAAGAGAUUCAAUGAAGAAGAGGGAGAAACCAGACUCUAAUUUUGCAGCUGGCCCAGAGUGACAUGCAGGGAGUGGGAGUUUGUAUUGUGGGGGUGUAAUUGUGUGUGGAUUUUUUCUGCUGAGGGUCCCUCUUCAGGAGGUGCCCAGCUGGAGCCGCUCCCCCCUGUACCUUGCAAAUAAAUUAUUUAUUUUAGAAUAA